AUGAUGCUGAUGUUAACCCGUCGCUGGAUAUUCCUUCCUUUGGCUGCAGUCGCUUCAAUAUGGCUGCUCUACCACCUCUCCCACUACCCUUUCAACCGACAGGCUGCACCUGUCGUCGAAUACACUUUACCACCAAAGGUUGACACUGGACGCUCCCCCUGGAAUAAUCGACCUAUCAACUACCCGCUCACACAUCUUGUGUCUCUUCCCCAUGGGAAACCGAAGCGUCUACCCUCCAUUCAGCACCAAUUUCCCUCCGAGUCUGCCCAAGACAAGAAGACUAGGCUAGAACGACAACAAGUCGUGAAAGAUACAUUCAUCAAGUGCUGGCGGUCCUACCGGACUCAUGCAUGGAUGCGGGACGAGCUUUCGCUUCUCUCUGGCAACGGGAGGGACGCUUUUGGGGGAUGGGCGGCAACACUGGUGGAUGCCCUUGACACGCUUUGGGUAAUGGAGCUGAAAGACGAGUUCUACGAGGCCGCUGAAGCCGCUGUCAAGAUUGACUUUUCGAGAUCGACCGAUGCAACGGUCAAUAUAUUCGAAACCACCAUUCGCUAUCUGGGAGGAUUUCUGGCUGCCUACGACCUUAGCGGGGAAAGAAAGCUACUAGAGAAAGCAGUGGACGUCGGAGAGAUGCUUCUCAUUGCGUUCGACACGCCGAAUCAUCUGCCCGUAACCAGAUGGGACUGGAAGCAAGCUGCGGAUGGAAAACAUCAGGAGGCACCUUCCCAACUCACCGGUGAUAUGCGAUGGUACGACGCAAUCUCACGCAUCACCGACCUCUUCGAUUCCCAGCAGAAUCGGACGAAGCUGCCUGGAAUGUGGCCUGUUGUCGUGGAUCCGAAAGCCGAGGACCUGACCGGUGAUACGGGCUUUACCCUUGGUGGCAUGUCAGAUUCUCUUUAUGAGUAUUUUCCAAAGGAGUACGCUCUACUUGGUGGCUUGUCGCCAGUCUACCAAAAGCUGUACCAGGACUCGAUGAGCGUUGCGACCGAGAAACUAUUCUUCCGCCCACUUACCCCCGACAAUGCUGACAUUAUAAUGUCUGGCGACGUGCGAGCAAGCGAUGACGACAAGCCUCUCGUCAUAGAGCCGAAAGCCCAGCAUUUGACGUGCUUUGUAGGAGGCAUGCUGGCUCUUGGUGGCCGACUCUUCUCAAAUAAUGAGCAUUUGGCUAUGGCUCAUAAGAUCACCAAAGGGUGCAUCUGGGCGUACAAAAACGGGCCUCGACAUCUCAUGCCUGAAAUCGCUCACUUUGUGCCGUGUGCGUCCAAUGGCGAUUGCUCCUGGAGCCGAGACCAAUGGACUGCCGCCAUCCGUGAGCGCCAGAAGGAGGGCGAAAAGGUCAUAAGUGCAGACGAAAUCAUUCAGGAAAAGCGCUUGCCAGAAGGCUUCGUUGAAAUGGAUGAUAGACGGUAUAUCUUACGGCCAGAGGCUAUUGAGAGCGUUUUCAUUAUGUAUCGGAUCACCGGAGAAGUGUCCUACCUUGAUGCUGCCUGGGAGAUGUUCAACGCUAUCCAGGCGGCUACUGAGACAUCAUAUGCGAAUGCUGCCAUCUCAGACAUUGCUGGAGGUCCUGCUGAUGGACUACCACCACAAGACGACCGCAUGGAAAGCUUUUGGCUUGCGGAGACCCUGAAGUAUUUCUACCUGAUUUUCAGCGAGCCGGAACUAAUCAGCCUGGAUAAAGUGCAAGUCAAUCAAUCUACAGAAUCAAUUUGGCGUGUCCAAGUGCCUGAAGUUGAACUGACAGCUUCGCAAUAUUGGGUCUUUCGAUUCCUGCCGUCCCGGACUACUUUCUCUGAAACAGCAGCUUCAAUAUCAAGUCCAGGUUUCCGAAUUAUCAACUCUACGGCGGCAAGAAGCGCGAGUAGCACCAGCUCAGCGAUCUCUUCAUCAACAAGCCUCCAAACUCAGGUCUCCAGUGUAAGCGCAAGUCCGACGGCGACUACUACUACAAUAGCCCAAGAACCAGCGCCCGAAACACUCUCUGCUGGAGCGACGGCUGGCAUUGCAGUUGGAGCUGCCAUCGUUGCCAUUCUCUUGGUCGUGUCUGGUUGGAUUCUUGCCAGACGUAGAAAAACAUCGAGACUUCCCCAGAGCCUGCCUGUUUCCGACCAUGACGCUCGCACCUAUCCUGAGGUUGUGUCGGCUAGCAAGGCGGACAACCUCCGCAUCCCUCGUUCCGCUUCAGGUGGUGGUACUCUUUUGCAACCUUCAGAGCUUGGCACACGCCUCGUGAAAGCUGGAGGAUUCGUGCGGAGCUUGGGUAAGAAAAGCUGA